GCAGCCGUGGAGUGGCUCACGGCGAACAACCACCUCCACAGGCAUUACCGCGCCCUGCGCCAGGAUGCCCUGGCGGGAGGGGAGACCUACAUCAGGACUGCCCGGUGCCUGCUGCACCUGGGCGGCAUCGAGGUGGCAGCCCGGCCGCACUUGCACCCGCGGCCUGCGUUCGCCGACACCGGCAUCAAGAAGCGAUUGCAGGAGGGCGGCUGGGAGGCGGGGACGCCGCCUGUCAAGCGGUCCAUCAUGCGCAAGCUCAGCUGCCGCGUGGCGGACUACUACAUGGGCAUGAUUGGCGCCGCCGACAAGACGGAGCAGCCCCCGGAUAAUUUCACCGUCGCGAACCACACCUUCGAGAGCUACUGGAGAAACCAGGCCAGCGUCCUCGUGGACAGGGCCCGGCAGCGGGGCCUGCCCACGCUGUUCCCCACGCGCACGGUGGCGGAGUGGAAGUUCCCGCUCCUGUCUGCCGUCUUCGCCAGGUACAAGAAAGCAGGCCGCCUCACGGACAUACAGGGCCCCCUCACCAUGCACGCCUAUCACGUGAUCAGGAAGGUCCUGGACGAUUUCCUUCGGUCGGAGUGUGUGCCCGCGUACUUCAAGAGAUUGCAUGACUACAGCCUGCGCGUGGAGUUCCAGGGCCGCGGCACCCUUCACGCCCACCUCGUGGGCUGGGUUGGGUGGUACAUCCUCGCUGGGAGGACCGACGCCGAGCACUGCUCGCCGCUCGCCCGUCGCCUCGACGAGAUCUUCGCGGGCCGCGUCGACGUGGCCUGCGGCCAGGGCAUGGACGAGGCGCUCCUGAAUCACGUUACGAGGUACGCCGCGAAGGCUUCCGUUUCGCUGUCCUGGCGCGCCUCCGGGCACGGCGACAUCGAGGACUCUCAGUGGCUCCGCACAUACCGCAUGCUCACCAAGCGAGCCCUCACUGGCCCUGAGAUGAUCAUCGACCUCGCGACCGCGCCGCUCAUGAUGCACACCUACGAGCAGUCCGCCACGCACGCGCAGGCGCCCGACUCCAGGUCCGGGUUCGGCCCCCUCGGCAGGCUCGACAACGACGCGGAGAAGAGCCGGCCCAUCCCCGACACGGCGCACCGCAAGUUCCACGACUUGUACCUGGACCGCGAAGGACAGGGAGGUCGCCUCCCACCCGACGCUGCGGGCUUCCAGGAGUCCUUCGCCGACUUCGCCAGGAUGCACAGGUACGACCCCGCGAAGCACCGCGCCGCGCAGAGGUUCCAGGGCACGCGGGCCCAAGCGUGCUUUGGCAAGGUGUCCUGCUCCGUCGGUUUCUCCUUCUCCUGGGGGGCCCGCGACAACUUCGCGGGCCAAUUCAUGGCUACCUUCGUGCCGCGCGACAAAGCCAACGACUGGGAGCUGCGCGAAGAGCUGCCCGGGCGCGGGGAGCCGCCGCGCCCGGAGAACACGCGGUUCCUGACCGCUGCCCUCCGCAGCGCGUGUCGGGACGGAGGGGCGGUUCGGUCGUCUCUCCAGCGGUGGAUCCGCGAGGAGGAUGCCCGUUUGGCCGAGUACGUCGAUUUCGCCCAGAGCUGCGAGGAGCGCGGCAAGCCGUCCAACAGGAAGGCCAGCACCGACGCGUUCAAGUCCUUCGCCUUCCAGUCCGCCCAGGCUCGCGGCGCGCAGCUGGUGCAGGGCUGCGGGCCGGUUGCCAAGGAGCGCACGGCAGUUCGGGAAUGGUUGGUCUCGGGCAGAGCCGUCUCCUUCGACGCGCCGGAGGACAGGGAGAUUGCCUUCCUGGCGGCCGACGCGGCGUUCGAUCUCAUCAAGACGGGCUGGAACUUGCAGCGGCCGCACCACUUGCUUCCGCGCGCGUGGCCCCCCGGCCAGGCGGAGCACCUCCGCGUGGCCCGUGCCGCCCUGUCCGUGGAAGACUCCCACGAGCUCCGGCUCGCCCCGGUGCUCUCCCGAUUCGCGCACGUUUCUGGGGAGCCUGGGCGCGGGAAGAGCGAGGCCAUCAUCUACGCCGCGCACGAGGCCUCCCAGCGCGAGGCCCGGGUGCCGGCAGCAUGUCCGACGGGCGUCCUCGUGGGCCAGUACCGGGACAGGUUGCCGUCUACCCAGUUCGUCACCGUGGAGACGAUCCACUCGGAGCGGAGAGUCUCCCGGGACUACGACCCCGGUGGGCAGCGGGGGAUUCGUCCGACAUUUCCUGUCCAGCACAUCCACAUGGAGACGCACGAGUUCGCCAGGUCCAAGGACCCCGUGCUGCUGGACUUCCUCUCGGACAUCCAGGCCCGGCAGCCAAUCCGGCGAGCGCUGAAGGACUUCUUCGGCGAGCGGCACCUGGGCCGGAACUUGCCGCGCGCCGUAGCGGAGCGUCGCCGGGUUUCCCAGGAGGCCGCCCCUGGGGACAGGGACCCUGUCACGUGGCUCACGCGCACGAACGAGGGGACGCAGAAGGUCAAUUGCGAGUACCUUCGACAGUCGCAUGACUUGGAGCAGGCUUCCAUCGACGCGCACCCCGGGGCCUUCCGCUCGGACCCCGACUAUGGCGAACGCAAGACGGACUUCUGCAACGGCGCCACGGGCACCGUCGCCUUCGUCCUCUCGGAUUGGACGUCCGGGCCGCCCGUGUUCAUAGUGCGGCUCUCCCACGGGGUGUACGUCUUGGUGCACCCCAUCAAGACGGAGCAGGGCCUGCGCUGCACGGCGGCGCACAUCCCGGCCGUCUACGGCUAUGGCAUGACCACUCGCCAGGCACAGGGCGCCACGUUGCGCCGAGUGGCCCUGCACUCCGAGCUCCGGCGGCCGGCCUGCCGGGGCUUCGCGCACGUGGGCCUCAGCAGGGUCUCGCGCCGCGACGGCGCUUUCUACUUCGGCCGCCAUCGGCGGACGGACUGGCUCCCGGCGGGCGGCCCUGGGGCCCCCGCGGAGCAGGUGGAGCGGGGCGUCGACUCCACGGACGACUCCGACCUGUCUGACGAGGAGGCCGGCUCGGUGGCGCACGGGCUCGCACUCCGGCGGGUUGGCGUCGCGCGCGCCGGCGCUCCGGGCGAUUCCGACGCCGACGGCGGCCUGGCGCUGCUGGGCGGCCAGGGGGCGGGCACGGCCGCCGACUACGGUGCCCUCUUCGGGGGCGACUCGGCCUCCGACACCCCAGGCGCUGAUGCCGAGUCGGGCAGUGGGCAGGGCGGCGGCUCCGACAGCGAGGACGGCGCCCUGUUCGGGUAG